AUGGGAAGCCUUAAGAACCUGGGGAAUGAAGACCACCAGUGCCUCGACGUCUUUCUAGAAAGCCCCGUCCUGCUGACCGACAGUGGCCAGUGGAGUGCCGAGCAGGAUACCUCCGUCUCCGUCUCCGUCUCCGUCUCCAACUCAAACUCGACCUCCAGUCGCGACCUCCAGAGCGAGAGCGAGGGCAAGGGCAAGGGGGCCGGCGAACACCAGGCGCAACAGGAGGCUACUUCGGGCUUGACUGCUGCCAUGGCAACGGACCUUCAACUAAUCUGCCCCCCGGGAAACCACAAAGUGAGUGGAGGAGACGUAGACAUCGGCGCCACCUCCACCUCCACCUCUGUGCCCACCACCUCCCCCUCUGUGCCCAGCACCUCCCCUUCUCCCUCUGCUGCUAGCUGCUCUGAGGAGGGCAGUGAUCUGGUCCUGCAGCCGGAGCUGGCCCAACGGAAUAGCUGCCGACCUGGUGCUGGUUCUGCUACAGUACCAGGUACUACUUCUACUGAAGAGCCCACGUCAGAGGUGACAGAGAAGGCCUUACCACGAGUCCUCUCGUUCCUAUCAGGGAAUAAUAGUAACACUAAUGCUCGUCCUUUCCAGCCUGAUGGGGCAGGUGACAACAUAAAGGAUGAUGCAGACCCUGGUCCACCGACCAACAGCCAGAGCACAGGGGAGGGUGGUGGUGGUGGUGGUGGGACGUGGAAGAGCUGUCCACCCAUCCAGCGGGAUGUCAGUCAGGAGAUCACCAUACUGGUAACCAGCCACGACAACUGGGUGGAGGAGGAAGAGGAAGAGGAGGAGGAGGAAAAGGAGGGAGAUGAGGCUAAAGCUGAGAAAGAUAGUGAAGGUGGUGAGUCUGAGAGGAAAAGCCUAACAGCUAACAGUGAGAAGGAAUCGAGAGCAUCAAAGCAAGAGGUGGUGGUGGUGGCAGCAGAUGUCGGCGAGGGGAUUGUGGAAGGGUUAAUCGUGGCAGAAAGCCUCUCGUCCAUGGACGAGGAGGAGAGGGCCCAGAUAGUCGACUUUCCUCGCUCCCCAGACGCAAGUGAAGACACCUCACCUAACGCCCAGUGUGAACCCGCCACACAAGCACAGGCACAGGCACAGGCACAGGCAAAAGCAAACCAACAACAAGCCAGACAAAUGUCAGCUGACCCUAUUAGCACCAACAACAGCUCAGAGUGUCUACAAUCAAAAUCCCAGUCUGACAUCCAGCAGCCCGCAGAGGCCAGCAGCCCACUCACACACUCAGAUCCGAGCGCAGACCUCCACAGCUCUGCCUGCCCUGCAGAGAACAACAAUCACACAGUCCACAAGGCCAGUGCCUCUGGCAGCAAUGCCACUGAAGAAGGCGCAGGACCAGGGGAGCUGUCGCUCAAGACAUACAAGCCCUAUAGCAGCAGCAGCAGCAGCAACAGCAGCAGCCAACCAAGAGAGCGCCUGCAGAAAGCCAAGACCCUGGAUCUAUCCAGCAGCAGGUUCGGCUCCUCGUCUUCGAGUACUAAGGCCGUGCCAGUAGUGCAGUCGAGCCUGGAAGUGGUGUGCCGCUCGGCAGCCACCAGCCCCAUGACUCCGCCCGAGGCGUCGCCUGCUUUCACCUUCCCACACGCCGCCUCGGCCUCGGCCAGGGGGGUGGGCCCAGGCCCAGGCCCAGGCCCGGGCCCAGGCAAUGGCGGCUCAACAGGACACGUCAGGGAGUUCAAAUCAGUGGCGACAGCUCCUAUGAGUCCACAGAACUUGACGGCCCCUGAAGCCAUACCAGACGGACGUGCUGCUGGAGGGGUCGAAAUGCGAUCGGUCGCAACCGCCCCCAUGAGCCCGCAGAAUUUAAUGGCUCCUGUGGCAAUACCAGAGGCACGUGCUGCGGGACUGGAGAUGCGAUCGGUAGCAACUGCACCGAUGACCCCUCAAAACUUAACCGCCCCAGUAGCACUACCUGAGGCUCACACUGUUGCGGUGGAAAUGCGAUCAGUGGCAACUGCUCCAAUGAGCCCACAGAAUUUGACCGCCCCCGACUCUAUACCUAACAUUGGCUCAAGUGGGGUGGAAAUGCGAUCGGUGGCGACAGCCCCAAUGACUCCACAGAAUUUGACUGCCCCUGUAGAUUUAGCUGGUCCUCAUUUGGCCUCAGGGGUGGACACAUGCUCAGUGGCUACCGCCCCAAUGAGUCCCCAGAUUUUGACAGGCCCUGAGGCAAUCCCAGGGUCAAGUACUGCUGGGGUGGAGACACGCUCAGUGGCAACAGCCCCAAUGACUCCACAGAAUUCGACCGCCCCCGUAUCUAUACCCGACAUUUGCUCAGCUGGGGUGGAGAUGAGAUCGGUGGCAACGGCCCCAAUGACUCCACAGAAUUUGAUGGCCCCCGUAUCUAUACCCAACAUUUCCUCAAGUGGGGUGGAAAUGCGAUCGGUGGCAACAGCCCCAAUGACUCCACAGAAUUUGACCGCCCCUGUAUCUAUACCCAAUGUUUGCUCAAGUGGGGUGGAGAUGAGAUCGGUGGCAACAGCCCCAAUGACUCCACAGAAUUUGACCGCCCCUGUAGCUUUACCUGACCCUUGUUUGGCAGGCGUGGAGACACGCUCAGUGGCUACUGCCCCAAUGAGCCCCCAGAAUUUUACCGCCCCCGAUGCUAUACCUGACACCCGAAAGGUUGGCAGUGUGCAGACGCAGGUGAGCUUGGAGGUCAUGUAUCAGUCUGUGGCGACAAGCCCCAUGACGCCACAACAAGGCGGAGCCUCUGCAUUCCUCUUCCCAUCCUCCAAGAAGGUUGAGUCAAGGUCGGUGGCAACGGCCCCAAUGAGUCCACAAGUCUUGACAGCCCCGGACGCGAUCUUCGAGGACGCAGAGGCCAAGGUGGUAGCUCCAAAAGCCAGCCCAGAAAUCGUCCCAGAGCCACGGGAGGAGAGCGAGCCCGCCAGGGACCCUCAGGAACCUCCGGAGCCCGUGUGCUGGGACGAGAAGGGCAUGACGUGGGACGUGUACGGAGCAGUGGUGGAGGUGGCCGUGCUGGGGACGGCCAUCCAGAAGCACCUAGAGAAGCAGGUGAAGAAGAACAAGAAGCAGACAAAGACAACGGACUCCUCCUCCCCUGGCACCACCUCCCCGACACAAAGCCUGAAGAAGCAACAAACCCCGGUCCCGAGUCCGAGCCAAAGCCAAGAAGACUCCACUCCACCUCAACCCGAGGCUGCUGAAGAUCCACAGAGUGCCGGAGAAAGACAUCCUUCAACAUCCAGCACAGGACUGGACUCCACAAGCUCCCUGAGGAGACGAAACCAGACAGAGGAGAAGAACGAUGGGAAGAUGAAGAAGAGCGGAAAGAAACGGAAUCAUCUGAGGGGCCGUUUCCGCAGACUGCGAUGGCCGAGCUGCUGCUCCCGCUCGCGAACAGAGGAGGCGCUGUGA